GAUCUAGGACCGAAGCACCCAGUCUCUUGGAUACCCCCCACCACACCCUUCGUGCGAUCCGAUUGGUCGGCCUCGAAAAUAAACCGCCGUUAUUUCGUGUCCAAUCGAGAGCCCGUCUCCUCUCCCUAUUCCCGUUACGUGCUACAAGGGCAUGGAAGCCAUUUUAUGUGAACAACUCGUUUCGCGUAAGCAGUAGUGCGUGUGCAAUUUUGUGAAGAAUUGGCGGUCGUGUGCAUCGUGAGAUGUUCCUUUCCUUCAGGAUGAUUCGAUUAGUGUAAAGUUGCAGAGGCAUCGACUUGGAGGUAUCCUGCUGUUAUUUCUACCAACAACAAAUAAACAUGACGUCUGCAAAAUCAAAAGAAAUAGCAGAUGAGUACAUCUCGUCGCUAUCGGAUCUGACGAUUAACAGUAAACCGCUGAUAAACAUGCUUACCAUGUUGGCCGAGGACAACGUUGAACAUGCUCCUGCAAUUGUUCAAGCCGUCGAGUCGCACCUGCAAAAGGUGAGAAGCGACAUCAAGCUACCAGUUCUUUACCUCAUUGACUCGAUCGUCAAAAACGUCAAUGGAGCCUAUCUUAAUCUCUUCACCCAAAACAUUGUCAAUACGUUUUGUGGUGUCUUUGAAAAGGUAGAUGAGAAUACGAGGGCUAGUAUGUGGAAGUUGCGGCAGACAUGGAACGACGUUUUCCCUGCGAAGAAGCUGUAUUCUCUAGAUGUUCGAGUACAGUGCAUUGACCCUGCGUGGCCUAUCACUGCUUCCCCUACAGCAAUUUCCUCGGGCUCCAUUCACGUUAAUCCCCGAUUUUUAUCAAUGCCUCAACCUUCAACGACAUCCAUCGUACAACCGAUCGUUCAACCGAUCGUACAGCCGAUCGUACAACCGAUCGUACCUGCUGUUAAAAUACCACCCGGCGACCCCGUGUCGACGACUGAGGCGGCUAUGAGGGAACAGCUUCUGAAGAAACAACGGGAACUGUUGGAACUGCAGAAGAAAAAAAUCGAAUUAGAGCUGAUGCAGGCGAAGGCUAGUCUGGAGCAACAACAAAGGCAAUUAGACAAACAGACUGGACAUUUGAAGCCUGAUCUGCCCGUGACCACGGCACAGGUUGUUCCAACAACGGAAACAACUACUCAAGCGAAACCUGUCGCACCUGUUGUGCCUAGCCAAGCCACGAAGCAGGUCACUAAACAGUUCCCAGCAGCGACCGCCUCGUUCAUGAAAAACGCAGGGACCAGCAAUGGUCCGCGAAUCGCUCCGGCUAGUAGUAUAGCGGUGGCAUCGGCUAAGCCCGUGUCUCGUGAUCCACGAUUGAAGUCAACAGCUCCAGCGAUAGAGCCAGCGGUCGCUCACACGGAUCCUCGGCUACGUCAGGCCACGACCGGACAAAAGGAUUCCCGGCCGGACGGCCAAACGCAACCAGCUCCAGACACAAACACUGUACUUUCAGACCAAUUAAAACAGCAGUUAAUAUCGAAACAGGCUGUGACUAGCACUAUCGACAAGCCUUCGUCAAAUCUCGCCAGCUCCGAUACCUCGACGACAAGCGCUAGUAGUAACGGUAACAAUGCGAAUCUCCUGACCAACAGCAGUAGCGCGAACAAUAGUAAGAGUUUGAGCGGUAGCGCGAGUAAGGAACCCGCCUUGCAUCGAACGAGCCAAAAGAAGGACUCUAGGUCGACUAGCGGUAGUAGCGCCAAUCCGACCGGUAGUAGUUCGAAAGCCGGGCAAAACGAGUCGACCGGGAGCAACAGCUCGUCGGCGCUCUCGGGAAGCAACCGAGGAGGUGGAGGAAACGAGACCAAGUCGAAAGACUCGAAAAGCUCGAACUCUAGGAGCUCUUCGACCGGCGACAAGUCUUCUUCCACUUCCUCCAAGUUCUCGCAUAGGAAGGUAGGAAACAAAUCGCGAUCGAAGCAGCCUCUGACCUCGCCGAGUAAGGUGGCCAAAGUCGACAGAAACGGCAGUCCGGUUAGGUCGAAAUCACGCGAGAAAGACAGUGGUGACCGAGACGUUUCACCCUCCCGCACCUCUCCCCAGUCCCAACUCUCCAAGAACCGAAAGAAGAACUCCAAGUCUAGGAAGCGCAGUUUAAGCCCCCCGUACAGAAUCCCCAGACGAAACGACACCAAGUCUAGCCUCGGUAUCAACUCCGGAGGAGUUACCGAGGAGGAGCAGUCAGGUUCGUUGAUAGUGUCCCCUCCUCAUCCGCCUGCGUUCAAGGAGAUCAGACCUAACGCAAGGCAGAGGAACUACGUCAGGCGGAAUAAGGACGGCAGUCUCAGUCCGGAACACUCCGCGCCUUCCACUGGCAGUGCUCAGAGUGUAUCCGAGGCCAUUUUGGAGUCAGCCAGCAAGGACGAAGAUCUCAGGGCGGCUCUGCCUCUUCCCAGCGCGCCGACGACCGUCAGCUUGUCUGAGAAAAAAGAGGAUUUAGACUUACGGGUUUUACCAGCUGUUAGCAGCAGCAAAAGGCAAAGUACCGAGCACAUUGAACCUCCUGUUGUCAAGAAAUCUAAGGCUGAAAAAUUCGACGCCCUUUUUGGGAACGAGGACGUCGACUUGCGAACUUUGACUCAUCCAAAAGCUGGUCGUCCACCUACACCGCCUCCACCUGUUAUAUCCGGUGAAGACAACAAAGAUGGCUGGGCCAAGCUGAAAACUCCUUCUAAAAGUGACAAAGAGAAACAAGCAGGCAAUGGGGAUGAGAAACGGGAGAGAGACCGAAAUAGAGAUCGACUUGGCAGACCUAGACUAUACAGCAAAUUGCCGGAUGAUCCAAAGGAGCGUCGAAGGACAUUGUCUAAUGAUGAUCAAGAGCCACGUUUGGGUCGCCGCGGGAGAGAAGCCGACAAGCCUGAAAGAAAUGCUGACAGAAAUAUCGAAAUAAUCAUGAAACAAGCCGCUGAGCAAUUAAAUCAAGGAUCGAUCACAAAAACGCAAUACAACACCCUCAUACAAGAGGUCUUGCACAUGAGCGAAGACCAGAAAUUGAGAGCUGCUCAACGAAAGGAAAAGGAGGCAGGCUCUAUCGUGUGGGAGAAGGGAGUAAAACUCGACGUAAAUAUAGUGGACAGAUCGUCGUUCAGUCCAUCCGAAGAAAGUGAAAUGCAUAGAACCAAAGAUCACCCUAUGAGGGGGCAGAACCCUCCUAGGUGGCAGAACCAACCUUGGCAACAACCUGGCCCGUGGGCCCAUCCACCUGGCCCUCCUUUUGCAGGGUCACAAGGUCACUUCAAUUCUGAUUACAGGCAUAUUGGACCUUGGCAGAACCAAAGGCACUUUGGCCCAAUGAGAAGCGAGUAUAACCAAUAUCAUGGAGGUUUCAACCCGAGUCUAGGUCCUGGUCCAAGAAUGGGACCAGGAUUAAUGGGGUCCAUUGGUCCUAACGGGCCAAUCAUGCCCAAUAUCAUGGGAAAUGGCCCCAUCGGUCCAAUUGGCAUGGCUAAUCCUUCUAUGCCCAUGUCAGGGAUUAAUGGACCGCAAAUGCUAGGCAAUGGGCCGAUGUCAUCUGGACCCAUUUCGGGUAUCAUGAAUCCUAAUCUGGGCCCACCGGGGCGAAACAGGUCACCGUCCAGUGGGAAUUCCAAGUUUGAUGUCGAAGGAGGAGUCAGUUACGAGGGAGCGUUUAUUAGAGCUGGACCUCACAGUAGGGAAUUGUCUCUUCCCGAUCCUAAACUGUUGGAGGAUAUCGCUAAUGAUACCAUGAAAUCGAUCAACAUCGACAGUAUUCCCAGGGAAAUAAGAUAUUACGGCCAAACCGGUAUCGUUUUUAUGAAUUGGGACGAUCCUAGGGAGAUUGGAUUCCAGGACGGUAUAAGAAGAAUUCUGAUCGACGACAAAGAUACCAUUGUUUGCGCCUUUAACGAUCCUUACAAAGAGUUCAUAUAUGACGACGAAGUUCAUAGAAUUAGACUGGGAGCUCCCACGAGGGAACUUUACGUUGAUGAUCGUUGGUACGAGUGUUACUUUGGCGGUCCUCCGAUAAUGGUUGACCUUGGAAAGAAAAAAGUUAGCUUUAAACUUGAAGGUCCGCCUCCACAAGUCAAAAUCGGGACUGUUAAGAGGACCGACCUAGUCGUUGGGAAAAUCAAUCUUAUCAUUAAUGCAAGAAACAUGGUUCCUGUAUUCCUUGAUGCGAAACCACAAAUAUUUGAAAUCGAGGGCAAACCGCAUACUCUAGAAUUCACCGAUGCCCUGCAAACCGUCCUAUUGAAUGGUCGUCCAUUUGAUGUAGAAUUUGGAGGCCUUCCUAAGCCUAUAAUUGUCAGAGACAAGAAGCAUUUUAUUAGAUUUACCGUGCUACCAAGAGGAGUACGCGCAGGUUAUGUUAAAAUAACCGGAAUGCGAGGAGAAGGUCCUAUUGAACCUCCUCCAAGUCCUCCAAUCCUAUCCAAUAAAUCAAAGCCGGAAUCGAUUACAACUCCUAUUAUGCAUCAGCCAAUGGAGCAUGACUCUGCAUCGCAAGAUGGAUCAGACCUUAAUUCCACUCCCAAACCAGAUUUGCAGCUGGAUGUACUCUCCUCGGCACUGCCCUCUGCCAUGGCGCCUGCAUCUGGACUUUCGUACCAAGCUGAACCAAUCGACAGUGCAGCUGCACCUGCACCUACUUUAUCCUUACCUCUGAACAUGACUGAAUUGUUCCAGAGAUUGGUCGAAACUGGUAUUGUGCCAAACAUAGUUGAGCAAAAGAAGCCAGAGGAAGAAGAAAAGAAGAAGCCAGAAAUCAUACCAGUAUCCUUCGACAAGCCUGAAACUUUGAAAGUAAAGCAACCAGCUAUCGCAGCAGUUUUAUACAGCGGCAUGCAAUGUAGCUCAUGUGGAGCGCGAUUUGCACCCGAAUUGGCAACCAGAUAUAGCCAUCAUUUGGAUUGGCACUUCAGACAAAAUAGACGCGAAAGAGAUUCAGCCAGAAAAGCUCAUUCUCGGCCUUGGUACUAUGACGUUAGCGACUGGAUACAAUUCGAAGAAAUUGAAGAUCUAGAAGAUAGAGCUCAAAGUUGGUUCGAGACGGAAAAACAGACUGCGGAAACUGAAGGAACUACAAUGGAAGAUACACCGCAAGAAACUGUUCAACAUUCCGUACCUACGGGAUCGGAUGAAGAUUCGCGAUGUCAAGUUUGUCACGAUGCCUUUGAACAAUUCUAUAACGAAGAGAAGGAGGAGUGGCAUCUACGGGCUGCAGUCACAUUCGAGGAGAAGAACUUCCACCCGCUCUGCCUUGAAGAUCACAAGCGGGCAUUGGAGAAAUCCGCACUGGCGAUCGAGGAAUCGAUGAUCGAACCCGAAGAGGAAAAGAAAGAGAACGGCGACGAAGCGAAAGCCGAUAGCACGGAAAUCAAAAAUGACGAAACUGUCGCGGAAGGAUGCGAAAUUGAGACUGCUACCGAUGCAAAAACUACCGAGGAGGUGACGGAAGACUCAACAAAUACAAAUGUUGAAGAAGAAGCCGAAAACUCGACAGUCUCGGAGAGUAAAGAAAAGGAAGACACUCCCGAAGAGGAGAGUACAACGGGAGAGUGUCCGGUCGACGAAGGUGUAAUCUUGGAGACAUUAAACAACUUGAACGAAGAAAUAGGUAAAGCUAACGAAGGAAAGGCAGAAGGCGAAGAAGAAGCCCCUUCGUUUACGGAUAUUAAGAUCAAAGAGGAACCGGUAGACGAGGAACACGUAGACGAGGAUGAGCAAUUUUUAUUCGCUAAUGUGGAAGUGAAAGAGGAGCCUCUUGACCCCGAACCUGAUCCAGAAGAAAGCAUCGUGACCGAGCCAUCCUCAAUCGACACGACACACGUGGCAGUUAAAAGCUCCAUCGACGGCAACGUUGAGUUGGAAUCGGCAGCGCCAACUAUCCCAACGGCGGCUUCUCGAAUUAAAAUAAACAUCACGAAGCCAUUGACGAUUAACAAGGAACCCGAGGAACCAAAGGAAAAACCCCAGCCUGCGGAAAUCCCCGAGGAAGAAUUCAUGGAGCCGCUGAAACCGGCUUCGAUUAAACCUGCUUUACAAGGCAGGAAACUGUCCACGUUGCCGCCGGUGGAGAAGGGACACGAGCUAUCCGGGCUGUGUUCCAUCAUGUAAAUAUUCCCAGCCUGCGGUCGCGACACACCAAUUGUGAGACUAUACGCGACCGUUACGACGAGCUAACGAGUCACGAGAACCUCUAGCCUGUAACUUUAGAAUUUAAAUUUAGAACUAAACCGUAGUUCCGCGCGAACACGUCAGUUUCUGUACAACUGGUACGACAUGACGUGAAAAAUCAUUACGGGGGCGAACCCGAGAUAUGGUUCCCGGGCGAGGAAACCGUACGGGAGUUAUUAAAUUCCUGAAAUUUAAUUUCAUUCAAUUGUAACCUUCAAAGCGCGUGAGAGCUUUCGACGCGUCGUGAAUGUCGCACCUAAGCUCGGAUAUAUUUAUAUCAUGAUAGAGAUAUUACUUCGCGGAAUUCUUUAAAUUAUUUCCUUCGGCACAUCACGUCGUACGAGUUAUUUGACUCCUUGUAUAGUGUGUAAAUGAUCCGUGUGCGUAUACACGACCGAUCGAGAAAGACCCGAACUUACGUCUGUACAUAUUUAAAGUAACGAUAAGUUAGCUUUGAAACGUCAACUAGCAUUCCUCAAAGUAUUGCGUGCAAGCGGAUUUCGUGGAUGUCGGGUUGGCAUUCACGGGGACGAUACGACCUGCACAAGACUUAAAUAGAAAGAUUUCGUACCGUUUGUACUUUUUAAAAAAGGUGAGAAACCGUACGGAGGUACCUUUGGAACGUUUUUUCUUUUUUUUUUUUCUACAGAUGCGAUACUUGUUUAGAUUCCACGCGAAGUAUCAACUGAGAAUACCUGAAGAAUAAUACGCAUGAAUCAAGAACUUAUCGUACUCGCGGAGCAGCAUUGCCACCUUGUUCAGUUGUUAAAUCUGUACAAAAUGUGUGAUAUAUGGUUAUCCAUUAUACUGUACAUAAUUCUAUCAUACUAUCUAUGAUAAUGCGAUCGCGAAGAUAAUGAUUAAGCGUAAGAAUUACUACUAGAGAAACAUUAUUUUGUUGUAUAAAAAGAUAUUUGUUGAUCACUCGGGGGUUUGACUUUUUGGUUACUUAUCUAUCACCCUAUAUAUUCUCUAACCUUUCUGAUAACAUCCUUUACGAUAGUCAAAGCUGCUGAGGGAACGAAUGUUUUGAUUUUAAGGAAACGAAGAUAUUGACUUUCGAACGAAGGCUACCAGAACUUUGGCUACCGAACUUUGAUUCAACUUAGUUUUUCGUCUUAACAUUCAAUAAAUGAAUCAUUAAA